UUGGUUUUAAAUCGAGGAAGAGUGUUUUUCUGUGAAUGGCCAUAUUUUGAUAUUCGAAUUUCAAGUGAAGAAAAGGAUAAAUUUGAAAUUGGAAGUGUUGUGAAAGUAUCUGCAAAUUUCGAUGGAACGGUAACUUUUUUUGGCAAAUUUCAAAAGGUUCCCUAAUUUUUCAGGACUGGAAAAUCACCAACAUAGCUGUUGAUACAAAAGUUCCGGCUUUCGAAGUCAAGAAAAUUCAAAAUCGCAAAACUUAUUAUCGAAUUCCAAAAGUGCAUGCAAACAAAUAUUUGCCAAAUUGUCUGUUUCAUGAGAUUUUUGGAAUGAUUGCAACACCGCCAAGUUUUCCUGAAUUAAUCGCCAACACUCAUUAUGAAUUUGAUGAUGUUUGGGUUGCAUUGAAUGAAGUUUAUCCAGGAGAUUUGAUUCAUCCACAAUAUCGAUUCAGAUAUGUUCGAAGUGGCCAAUGGGAUAAUUAUGAAGAUGUUGAAAGAGAUAGUCUUUAUGAUUUCAAUGAUGAUGAAUCGAUUAUUUCAUCGCAAUCUUCAAAAAGAGUUCGAUUUAAUGUUCCACAAGUAUCGGAAAGUGUGGAAAUCAGGGAGGAUUGGAGAACGAAAAUUGAUCGACAAGUUUUAACGAUUUCUCAAUCGGAAGAAUGGAGAAAUGAACCAGCAAAGGUAAAUUUUUGAAUGUUUUUGAAGUCAAGAAAAUUGUGUAAGAUUAAGUAUGGCACCAAAAGUUCAUGUGCUAAUUUUUUUUUAAAAAGAAAAUCAAAAUCUUUCCAAAGAAAUCAUAAUUUUUCAGAAAAUCAUUGCUGAAAUCGAUUCACAUUGCGUUGAUUGUGAAACUUGUCGCAAUAAAAGAUCAACCGAAGAAUGUUAUUUCCCAGAGAUUGUUGCUCAACUUCUUCGAAUGAAUACUUCAAUUAGCCGAAUUUUAGCUGAAAGGGAUUGGUUUACAUUUGUUGUUACUAGACGGUUCACAACUUAA